AUGCCUCUGGCCAGACAACUGCUUCUUAAGAUGAGACUCUGGGAACUUCUGCCAUUCCUGGUCCUCUUCAUCUUCUUGUGGGGCAUCCAGGAACCUGAGCUGGCAGAGGGGUUCUUUUUCAGAAUGUGCCCAAAAUACAAAGUGAAGUGUAGAUAUGAAAAAUCAACCGACUGUUCACGGCACAGAGACUGCCCACCAAAGCAAAAGUGCUGCCGGUUUCUCUGUGAAAAAAAAUGCAUGAACCCCAAAAUAGAUGUAUGCAGUCUGCCAAAGAUUAGUGGCCCCUGCUUGGCUUACUUUCCACGUUGGUGGUAUAAUAAAGAAACUGGGGUCUGUACUGAAUUCAUCUAUGGUGGUUGCCAUGGGAACCUUAACAAUUUCCAUAGUGAAAAUGACUGUACAGACAUCUGUAAAAAAUAA